AUGGCUCUGUCUGUCUGGGGCGAGGAGCUGACAUGUUGCAUCUGUCUGGACAUUUACAAAGAACCGGUGACCCUCUCGUGUGGCCACAGCUUCUGUAUGGAAUGUAUCCGAGACACAUUCGAAACCCAGGAGGGCUACGGAUUCUUCUCAUGUCCCGAGUGCAGAGACAACUUCAAGACACGUCCACUGCUUCAAAGGAACCUGAGGCUGAAUAACAUCGUGGAGACCUUCAUGACCACCCGGAGCCAGGAGGACAACGUCAUACACUGCAACUACUGUGUCCACUCCAUAGUGCCAGCCAUGAAGACCUGCCUGAGCUGUGAGGCGUCUCUGUGCGCCCUCCACAUCAAGGUUCACAACUCUUCCCUGGACCACGUGCUGACCCAUCCCACCACCUUCUCCAAGGACAGAAAGUGCUCCGUCCACAACAAGAUCCUGGAGUAUUACUGCACCCAAGACGCCACCUGCAUCUGCACAUCCUGCCGACUGGACGGCGACCACAUCAGCCACCCGGUGGAGACGUUACGGGUGGCAUCUGAGAAGAAGAAGGAGGAGCGGAGAAGAGUCCUGGAGAAGCUGACCGCUAAGAAACAACAGAUCGAGAACAAGAUCCACAUCCUGAGGGAACGUCAGCGAGAUAUACACGACAGAACGGUCAGCCUGAUGGAACGGGCAAGCGGACUCUUCAAGGAGAUCACAGACGAGGUGAAGGCUUUAGAGAAGGAGGUUCUGAGGGAGAUCACCAGGCAGGACAAAGUGCUUUCACUUUCAGUUUCGGACGUGAUCUCUCGGUUGGAGAUCCAAAAUGAGGAGCUGCUGGGACAGAUUCUGGAGUGUGAGCAGUUCUGUUCCAAUCCUGACCCACUGACUGUUCUGAGGGAACAAGCCCCCAACUGCGACCUAACCGCUGGAAAUAUUCCCCUACCGCCCACCAGGGACCUCGAUGAAGGACCUAUGUCUCUGAUGUUGCGCAGCGGUCUGGGGCACGUGGUCCAUCUCUUGUCUGAGGGUCUCAAGCGUCGAUUCCCUCAGAAGAUAGAAACGAGUAACGUCUUGUUGGACUCGAAAACCGCUCAUCGUAAGAUCCUCCUCUCCGCCGACCGCACCCGCGCCUCCUCGUCUCCCACCUUCAUGAAUUAUCCGGACCAACCGGAGAGGUUCCGAUCCCGGCAAGUCUUGAGCUCCACCAGGUUCUCCUCCGGGAAACACCAUUGGCAAGUGGACUUGAGCCGGGCCCAGAAGUGGAUCGUAGGCGUCGCCUAUCAGAGCAUAGAGCGGAAAGUGGACGGAGACGAGUCCUACGUUGGCUACAACGACAAAUCCUGGGGGUUGACCUUCCGGACGUUUCUUUCAGCCAUGUACAACAAGACGCACCGGAUGAUCCCCCUAGGGGCUCCGCCGCAGUCGGUGGGAAUCUACCUGGACUAUGAUGCCGGACGCCUGUCCUUCUACCAGCUGCAGCCAACCAGACACCUGCACACGUUCAUGGACAAGUUCACCGAGCCGCUCUGCGCCGCGUUCUACGUGUUUGAAGAUUCGUGUAUCAGGAUUAAAUGA